CUCUCCCGCAACAUCUCCACUCCACAACACCCGCCAUUGUUCUCUUCUUCUUGAGCUCAGCCUCAGCACCAUCACCAUCACCAUCACAAGUCUACGCGCAGCAGCACGAAGAAGACACGGCCAUUGCUUGAUUGCUCGCGUCUCGUUAGUUAGUCGCAAUAAUGGAGGAGGAACAGCAGAUGGAGGUGCCUUGCUACUUCCUGUGCCCCAUCUCGCUGCACAUCAUGCGCGACCCCGUCACGCUCCCCACCGGCAUCACCUACGACCGCGACGGCAUCGAGCGCUGGCUCCUCACCGCUGGCACCUGCCCGCUCACCAAGCAGCCCGUGCCGCCUGACUGCGAGCCCACGCCCAACCACACGCUGCGACGCCUCAUCCAGUCCUGGUGCGCGCUCCACGCCGACGACGGCGUCGAGCGCGUCCCCACCCCGAAGCCCCGCGUCGACCGCGCCCGCGUCGCUGCGCUGGUCUCCCAGAUCGUCGCCAAGAGAUCGUCGCCGCAGGAGCUCAUCGCCGCGCUGCGAGAGCUCAGGGACGUGGCGGCCGUUAGCGAGCGGAACAAGAAGCUCAUCGUCGCCGUCCCCGGCGCGGUGGACAUCCUGGCCGCCAUCUUCGUCGCGUCGGCGACAAAGUCAGAGAGUACUGCCGCCUGUGACGAGGCGCUCGAGAUCAUCUCCUCGCUCCAGCUCUCGGAACAGUGCCUGGUUCGUGUCACUGAGAUGAACGAGGCACUCGUCGACGCGCUUGUGUCCGCUCUGCAACGAUCGAACACCACGUCCCGGGCGCACGCGGUGCUGCUCCUCGAGGACGUGACAGCGGUCAUGUCACAGAACAGGCUGGUGUCCCUCCCGGAGCAGGUGUUCAGGGACGUCGUGCAGCUGCUCCGCGAGAGGGUCUCGAAGCCGGCGACCAAGGCGGCCCUGCACGUGCUCGUCAGCACGACGUCAUGGGGCCGCAACCGCGUCAAGGCGGUGAACGCCGGAGCGGUGCCAGUGCUCGUCGACAUGCUCUUCGACGGACCGGAACGCCGUGCGUGCGAGCUGGCGCUGGGCGCGCUGGACCGGCUGUGCGGCUGCGCGGAGGGGCGCGCCGAGCUGGUGGCGCACGGCGCGGGCGUGGCGGUGGUUGGCAAGAAGGCCCUGAGGGUGUCGGACGUGGCAACCGACAAGGCGGUGCGGGUGCUGCGGUCGGUGGCGAAGCACACGGCGACGGCGGCGGUGGUGCAGGAGAUGGAGCAGACCGGUGUGGUGUGGACGCUGUGCCUGGUGGCGCAGUCGGAGCAGUGCGGCGAGAGGACGAGGGAGCGGGCGCGGGAGACGCUCCGACUGCACGCGAGGGCGUGGAGGAGCGCGCCUUGCUCGUAUCAGCACCUCCAGGCCAUGUACCCUUGAUAACACAAGCGCACUACUGAUCGAUCAUCGAUGUGAAGAGCAAGGACAUGCUACUCAUGCAUCCAUUGCAGAGGAAUCUCUUUUUGUUUGAGUUUGUUUUCCUGUCGACCGAUUGGUGUAGUUCUAGCUGUGAAUUGAGGUGUACAAAGGCGGACAGAUCGAUGAGAAGAAUCCAAUCGAGAAAAGUUUUGGCUAUUAGCUUCAUUACUGUGUUAUUUGUUGCCAUCAAACGUCAGUUC